AUGAACAGAUUUACAAGCUGCCUCUUGCUGGCACUUGUGCUAUGUAGUUUUAUAAAAUUUGGUGUUAGUCAGAGCAUUGAGGAGAUUUUCAAAUUGGGUGAAGAAGCUUAUAAUAAUGAGAAAACAAGGCCAGUUUAUUUGCCAUCACAAAAUGAAACUUUUGAUUUUAUAAUUGUUGGAGCUGGACCAGCAGGUUGUGUUUUGGCUAACAGACUGUCUGAAAAUCCCAACUGGAGUGUAUUCCUGAUCGAAGCUGGUUCCACAGAAAAUAUUGUACAUGAUAUGCCUGCAUUGACUGGUUAUCUACAGCAGACAGAAUCAAAUUGGAAUUAUAGAUCGACUCCACAGAAGAACGCAUGUUUUGGUAUGAACGAGAAUAAGUGUGCUCUUCCGAGAGGAAAACUUCUGGGUGGAUCAAGUGGGAUCAAUUUUAUGAUCUAUAAUCGAGGAAAUCGAAAGGAUUUUGACAAAAUGGCAGAAGCAGGUAAUGUUGGAUGGUCGUAUGAAGAAGUUCUGCCAUAUUUCAAACUUUCCGAAAGAGCUGAUUUAGAGGAUUUAAGGUAUUCUCCAUAUCACAAUUCGUCGGGUUUGCAAAAUGUCGAAUAUGUUAAAUAUCGAACUCCGAUGGCUGAUGCUUUUUUUAGAGGAUCAUUAGAACUGGGUUAUCGAGGCGUUGAUUAUAAUGGAGAGUCUCAGCAUGGAACUUCAUAUAUUCAAGCCACAACUUUAAAUGGACAUAGACACACUGCAGCGAGAGCAUUUAUCUUGCCAUUUGUGAAUCAGAGAAGAAACUUGCAUGUGCUAACUUUUGCCACGGUUACCAGGGUCUUAAUUGAUGAUAAUCUGUCAGCGUAUGGAGUUGAAUUUGUCCACAGAGAUAAGAUCUAUACAAUCAAGGCUAGAAAGGAAGUCAUAUUGUCUGCGGGUACUUUCAAUUCGCCGCAACUAUUAAUGUUAUCAGGGAUUGGUCCAAAAGAUGCACUCGAUUCAGUUGGCAUCAAGCAAUUAGUUGAUCUUCCAGUUGGAAAGGUAAUGUAUGAUCAUAUGUCCCAUGUUGGACCAACUUUUACCACAAACUCAACUGGAUCUACACUUUUUGUCGAUCGAAUAACUGAUGAAGAUAAAGCAAGGUACCAAGCAGGAGAUCCUACAACAAGAAUAUCCACACUAGGUGGCGUGGAAGCAUUGACCUUCAUCAAAGUACCCAACUCUAGUACAAAUGACGAUCGACCUGAUGUUGAAUUACUUUUUGUAUCUUCCAGUUUAGCAAGUGAUUAUGGAACUGCUUUCAAAGAAGGUGCCAAUUUCAAGGAUGACAUAUAUACAAGAGGAUUUAAGGCUUUGGAAGGAAGGGAACAUUUUACAAUAAUCGUAAUGCCCUUCCAUCCUAAAUCAACUGGCAGACUUUGGUUGAAAGAUAGUAAUCCUUUUACUCCACCAGUAAUCGAUCCUAAUUAUUUUGCUGAAGAUGAAGAUGUUGAAGUCAUGUUGGCUGGAAUCAAAGAAGCUCUUCGAAUUGCUGAAACAACUGCUAUGAAAAAUAUCAAUGCAACUUUGUUCACUCAGAAGAUUCCUGGUUGUGAGGAAUAUGAAUUUGGAUGUGAUGAUUAUUGGAGAUGUUCAAUUAGAGUAUUGUCCUAUACUCUUCAUCAUCAAGUAGCAACUUGCAAAAUGGGACCUUCAAAUGAUGCAACUGCGGUUGUAAGUCCGCAGUUAAAGGUGUACGGAGUGAGAAAAUUGAGAGUUGUCGAUACAAGUGUGCUGCCAGUACCACCUACGGCUCAUACAAAUGCUGCUUCAUUGAUGAUUGGAGAGAAAGCAGCCAAUAUGAUCCGCAUUGAGUGGAGGGAAAACUAGGAUCUAUAUUGACUUUUACUUAUUAU